GGAAGUGAACGUCACCGUCACGGGAACGGGCCAAAACAAGCAGCGCGACCACCGGUUCUCGAGAGGAGGAUGUCGUUGCGUGUUUGAUUCGUGCUGCUGGGAUGAUCUGCGUCUUCAGAGCUCGUCUCGGGGCAUCGCAGAGCGUGUCGUGCUGCUAGAUGGAGUCGGAGCAGUUGUUUAGCAGAGGUUUGGGCAGGAACAGCUACAACAGCAUCACCAGCGCCAGCAGCGACGAGGAGCUCCUCGAUGGAGCCGGGGUCAUCAUGGACUUCCACACCACUGAAGACGACAGCCUGCUGGACGGGGACACGUCUCCAGGGUCGAACUACACCAUGUCUAACGGAGGGGGCGGAGCCGGGGCCAGUAGCUCCACCCACCUGCUGGACCUGCUGGAGGAGCCCAUUCCAGGUGUGGGAACCUACGACGACUUCCACACCAUCGACUGGGUCCGAGAGAAGUGCAAGGACCGAGAGCGACACCGCAAGAUAAACAGUAAGAAGAAGGAAUCAGCCUGGGAGUUCAGCAAGAGUCUGUGUGACGCCUGGUCUGGGUGGCUCGUGGUCACGCUAACAGGACUGGCAUCAGGAGCGUUAGCCGGAGUGAUCGACAUCGCGGCCGACUGGCUGAACGAUCUGAAGGAGGGCGUGUGUCUCAGUGCCAUGUGGUUUAAUCAUGAGCAGUGCUGCUGGGACUCCAACGAGACCACCUUCGCCGAGAGAGACAAGUGUCCUCAGUGGAAGACAUGGGCCGAGCUCAUUCUGGGACAGGCCGAGGGUCCAGGCUCAUAUAUAAUGAACUACUUCAUGUUCACGUUCUGGGCGCUGUCCUUCGCCUUCCUGGCCGUGUCUCUGGUGAAGGUGUUCGCGCCGUACGCCUGCGGCUCUGGGAUACCUGAGAUCAAAACCAUCCUGAGCGGCUUCAUCAUCCGAGGGUAUCUGGGCAAGUGGACGCUGAUGAUAAAGACCAUCACUCUGGUCCUGGCCGUGGCGUCGGGCCUCAGUUUGGGGAAGGAAGGUCCGCUGGUCCACGUGGCUUGCUGCUGCGGAAACAUCUUUUCCUACCUCUUCCCCAAAUACAGCAAAAACGAGGCCAAGAAACGAGAGGUUUUGUCGGCGGCGUCGGCUGCUGGUGUGUCUGUGGCGUUUGGGGCUCCUAUCGGAGGCGUUCUGUUCAGUCUGGAAGAGGUGAGUUAUUACUUCCCUCUGAAGACCCUGUGGCGCUCGUUCUUCGCGGCUCUGGUGGCGGCGUUCGUGCUGCGCUCCAUCAACCCGUUCGGAAACAGUCGUCUGGUGCUGUUUUACGUGGAGUACCACACGCCCUGGUACCUGUUCGAGCUCUUCCCCUUCAUCCUGCUGGGGGUGUUUGGAGGCCUCUGGGGGGCCUUUUUCAUCCGGGCCAACAUCGCCUGGUGCCGUCGACGCAAGUCCACGCGAUUCGGUAAGUAUCCGGUGUUGGAGGUGAUCACGGUCGCUGCCAUCACGGCCAUCGUGGCGUUCCCGAACCCGUACACGCGGCAGAACACCAGCGAGCUGAUCAAAGAGCUGUUCACGGACUGCGGCCCGCUGGAGUCGUCUCAGCUGUGUCAGUACCGCAGUCAGAUGAACGGCAGUCAGGCGUUUCCCGCGGGAUCGGACGCCGCCGCCGCCCCCGGCGUCUACACGGCCAUGUGGCAGCUCAGCCUGGCGCUCAUCUUCAAAAUCAUCAUGACCAUCUUCACCUUCGGACUCAAGGUGCCGUCAGGUCUGUUCAUCCCCAGUAUGGCCAUCGGGGCGAUCGCGGGGCGUAUCGUGGGCAUCGCUGUGGAGCAGCUGGCGUAUUAUCACCACGACUGGUUCCUGUUCAGAGAGUGGUGUGAGGUGGGCGCCGACUGCAUCACGCCGGGACUCUACGCCAUGGUGGGCGCCGCCGCCUGUCUGGGGGGCGUGACGCGGAUGACCGUGUCUCUGGUGGUCAUCGUGUUCGAGCUGACCGGCGGGCUUGAGUACAUCGUUCCUCUCAUGGCGGCGGUGAUGACCAGCAAAUGGGUCGGCGAUGCUUUCGGGAGGGAGGGGAUCUACGAAGCACACAUCCGUCUGAACGGUUACCCCUUCCUGGACGCGAAGGAAGAGUUCACGCACACCACGCUGGCUCGGGAUGUGAUGCGUCCGCGGCGUAAUGAUUUGCCGCUGUCCGUGCUGACGCAGGACGACAUGACGCUCGCCGAGCUGCAGAACAUCAUCUCACAAACCAGCUACAACGGCUUCCCCGUCAUCGUCUCCAAAGAGUCGGAGAGACUGGUGGGAUUCGCCCUGCGCAGGGAUAUCACCAUCGCUAUAGAAAACUCCCGGCGUAAGCAGGAGGGAAUAGUGCUGAACUCCCGGGUCUACUUUACCCAGCAUGCCCCGACCCUCCCAGCCGACAGCCCUCGGCCGCUGAAGCUGCGCAGCAUCCUGGACAUGAGCCCCUUCACCGUCACUGACCACACGCCCAUGGAGAUCGUGGUGGACAUCUUCCGCAAGCUCGGCCUGCGCCAGUGCCUCGUGACACACAACGGGAUUUUAUUGGGCAUCAUCACAAAGAAGAAUAUUUUAGAACAUCUGGAAGAGCUCAAGCAGCACGUGGAGCCCUUGGUGAUUAGCCCCUCCCACUCUGCCUGUUAGACUCCGCCUCUUAGGAGGGACGCAUGAAACUUGAGUGAAAAAAAGAAAAAGAGUUCUGGAUGAUGGUUGCCCCAAAAUACCACUAGUUAGAGAUGCUUAAACUGUACAUGUUGUGUAUGGAUACAUUUAUUGUAAUUUCUACUCACUUCUAUUCACUGAUGUCUGCGAGAGUUUUUAUACCACUUAACUCUGAAAUUGAUCUAAUUUUGAGAUUUGAGGCAAAAAUUUAAUUGUGUGACAAAACUGAAAUCGCAGUUAUCUCGAGGCGGUGGAACUGUCCUGCAUGUGGGGUCCAAACACUACAUAAGGUGCACCAAUUUGUGACCAGUAACGUGUAUUUAAGGAGUAUUUUAACCUAAAAAUUAAAGUUUGAUGAAAAUGUGUUCACCCUCUGGCCAUCUAAGAUGAUGUUUCAUCAGAACAGAUUUGGAGAAAUUUAGCAUUACAUCACUUGUUCACCAGUGGAUCCUCUGUAGUGAAUGGGUGCCGUCAGAAAGAGAGUCCUAACAGCUGAUUAAAAAUGUCACAGUAAUCCACAGCACUCCAGUCCAUCAGCUAAUGUCUUGCGAAGUGAAAACCUGCAUGUUCGUAAAUAAAUAAAAAUAAUAAUAAUAAUCCAUCUAAGUGUUUUAAAUUCUGGCUUAAAUACAAGCGCACAAUCAUUAAUAACACUUCCUCCAGCGAAAACGUCCAUCUCCUGUCCUCUCACAUCAAAAUCCACCUACAGAUUUGUUUAGAUCGGUUUUGUACCAUUUUCAUUUGUAAACCGUUCUUGAUCUGUGCAUAUGUCUCUCCCGAUUAAGAUGAGACGACUUUUUAACUGGAGAAAGCAAGAUUACUGGUAAAGGACUCAAAUUUUAGCAAUGGCUUAAGUUAAAAACACCUUUUUUCCACUUCUCAAGACAGUAGUUGGUGGUCUGGAGUGGUGUGGAUUAUUGUGAAGUUUUAUCAGCUGAUAGUACUCUCUUUCUGACGGCACCCAUUCACUUCAGAGGAUCAAAUGCUAACUUUCUCCAAGUCUGUUACAAUGAAGCUACGAACUCAUCGAGUCAUCCUGGAAAUUUUCCACAAAUCUUCAUUUUUUGAAGCUAAGUUAAAAGCUUUUUGGACCCCGCUCCCAGGACUUUAUUCGCCUGCAGACAUAAUGUCUCCUGUAAGAUUUGCUUUCACUCAGCUUGUUGCUCCUGUCCUCGUCCACACCUGCAGGGUCCACUAGUCUGUCACCAUUAGCCCUGGUGUCUAUGAAAUGCACCUCUAUGUAGCCCCUCCCUUUCAGUUCUGUGUUGUGCACGUGUACUCACAAAAGCACUUCUAAUUAAUACACAUGCCGUGAUGUCCUUCAUCUGAAUUUGAUUUCUUUGUUUGUGUUCCUUUGCCAAAUCCUCUGGGGGGCGCCUGGUCUGCGUCGGCUGGGCUACAGAUCGAUGACAUCUGACCCCUCGCGCAGCUCCGCCCUUAAACGAUUGGCGAGUAACAGUCGUGUGUAGCGGGUUAUUUUCUCAUUCACCAACAUAUCUAUCCAUCUCUAUAGUCAUACUAGGAUGCUGUGUUACUAUUACGAUUUGGUGUGACUCUAGAAUCCUAGCACUUCCUGUAGUAUGUAGUCAGCUGUUCCUGUCCCCUAAACCAACAGUCCUCACCUGUCUCGAGUCCCAAACCCUGUCCUCUUUCAGUCGUCUUGACGUUCGACCUUUUCACUCUCUUCCUGUCACAAACGUCUUGCAGGCAUUUCACGAACAUCUCACAAAGGCUUGACAAUCAUUUCACGAGCAUUACAUUCCUCUGGUUUGGAUGGACUCUCGCAAUCCCAGCUCUCGUCGAAAUUGUCACACCUUUUUUCUGUGAUGCAGACUGUCAUCAAGCUUAAAUCCCUUUUUCACAAGCAAAAUCAAGAGCAUAUAUAAAGUUAAAAGUUUGUCGAACACUUGCAUUCGAAAGUUGAUCAAGAAAAAAAUUUGUGUUUUGGUAUAGACAUUGUAUCUAGUUAGAAAAAAGGAGUUGAGGUGAAGCGUUACAUAAUGUUUCAGAAGUAACAUGUAUUGCAUUCUUAAUUCACUUUAAUUACUUUUGUACACUGUUACACAAAUAAGUAACAAGGUAAAAGUAACAAUGUG